AUGCAAAAGGAGGAAGCUAGUUGGCCAUAUGAAUUCCCACUUUCGGAAGACUUCGUUAAAUCGAAUCAAAGGGGAGCUUUAAGCGGUCAAUUACUUGUUCGCGACUGGUUCGUUAACAAGCAAGCCGUGCCCGGUGCAUCGGCCUAUGUGGGAUUGGCACCACCCGGAGAAGUUGGCUCAUGGCAAUAUGAAAACAAGGGUUAUCAAUUUUGGAAUAAAACAGACGAAAACGGGAAUUUUUCGAUUAAGAAUGUGAUACCCGGAAAUUACAGCUUGUUUGCAUGGGUGCCUGGAUUUAUUGGAGACUACAAACAUGUUUCAGACAUAACUAUCACACCAGGAUCAAAUAUUCAGGCAACUAACAUUGUUUUUGAUGCUCCGAGAAACGGUCCAACUUUGUGGGAGAUCGGAAUUCCCGAUCGAUCAGCCGCUGAGUUUUUCAUUCCAAAUCCAGAUCCAACUAUAAAAGUCCAUCAAUACGCAAAACCCGUUGAAAAGUUCAGACAAUAUGGACUUUGGGCGGGUUACGAAGAAAUGUACCCACGAAAGGAUCUAGUUUUCACAAUUGGAUCCAGCAAUUAUAGUAAGGACUGGUUUUUCUCUCAGGUUACAAGGAAUGUGGGAGGAGAAUACGUCGGAACGACAUGGCAGAUAUUAUUUGACCUUAAAAACGUCGAAAAAGAGGGGAAUUACACUCUCCAACUGGCCCUUGCAUCAGCACACUAUGCCGAAUUACAAGUGCGUUUCAACGACCGAAAUUCACCUCCGGAAUUCACUACGGGGACCAUAGGGAUGGACAAUGCAUUAGCAAGACACGGAAUUCGUGGGGUGUACCAUUACUACGGUAUUCCUAUACCAGGAAGUCGUCUUUUUGUCGGACGCAAUACGCUAUUUUUGACACAAGCUAGAAAUUUGACGAAGUUCAGAGAAAUCAUAAAAGCCGCCCUUAAUCAAGACAAUAUUCGAGCAGGAGUGCAAUUGGUUCAAGACGAUAAGCAUGUUGUAAUAAGCAAUGGAAUAGUUAGUAUGAGAUUGACAGUACCAGGUGGUUCUGUCACUAGUAUAACUUACAAUGGGAGUAACAAUUUGCUUCUACCGGAAUAUAAAGAAGCCGAUAGAGGACACUGGGAUAUUGUUUGGAACAAAACAGGGCAGCCCUAUCAAACUGACAAUUUUGAAGGAACAAGUUAUAAGGUGAUAAUGCAAAACAAAAAUCAAACGGAGAUUUCGUUCACCCGAACAUGGACCUUCAACAGCACAGAAGCUCCUUUAAACGUCGAUAAAAGAUUUGUAAUGCUAAGAGACUCGCCUGGAUUUUACACGUAUGCUGUUCUCGAGCGUUUACCGGGAUGGCCGGUUUUUUACAUCCAAGAAGGAAGAGUCGUGUUCAAGCUCAACGAAAACAUGUUUCAAUACAUGGUUGUGUCUGAUGAGAGGCAAAGGUACAUGCCAAAGGUUAAGGAUCGUACGAACGGGCAGGUGCUCGAUUACAAAGAAGCUGUUCUUUUAACCAAUGCAACCAAUCCCGCGUUCAAUCGAGAGGUGGAUGAUAAAUACCUAUACACAUGUGACAACAAAGAUAUAAAGGUUCAUGGAUGGGUAGGCAGCAACCCUUCAUUAGGGUUUUGGAUGAUAACACCAUCCAAUGAAUUUCGGACAGGUGGACCUCUCAAACAAGAUCUCACCACUCAUCUCGGUCCAACUGUACUCCAUUAUUUUACUAGCACACAUUAUUCUGGAGAAGUUUUAGCAAUCAAAUUUAAAACCGAAGAAUACUGGAAAAAAGUUAUUGGACCAGUUUAUAUCUAUCUUAAUUCCAAUGAUUUCGCAAACGCCGAUCCUUCCGUACUUUGGAUUGACGCCAAACAAAGGAUGCAAAAGGAGGAAGCUAGUUGGCCAUAUGAAUUCCCACUUUCGGACGACUUCGUUAAAUCGAAUCAAAGGGGAGCUUUAAGCGGUCAAUUACUUGUUCGCGACUGGUUCGUUAACAAGCAAGCUGUGCCCGGUGCAUCGGCCUAUGUGGGAUUGGCACCACCUGGAAAAGUUGGCUCAUGGCAAUUUGAAAACAAGGGCUAUCAAUUUUGGACAAAAACAAACAAAGACGGAAGUUUUUCGAUUAAGAACGUAAUACCCGGAAAUUAUAGUUUGUUUGCAUACGUGCCUGGAUUCAUCGGAGAUUACAAACAUGCUUCAGACAUCACUAUCACACCUGGAUCCAAUAUUCAAGCAACUAAUGUUGUUUUCGAUGCUCCAAGAAACGGUCCCACGUUGUGGGAGAUCGGAAUUCCCGAUCGAUCGGCCGCCGAGUUCUUCAUUCCAAACACAGAUUCAAGAUUCAAGAUCCAUCAAUACAAAAAACCCGUUGAAAGGUUCAGACAGUACGGACUUUGGGAGCGUUACGAAAAAUUGUACCCACGAAAGGAUCUAGUUUUCACAAUUGGAUCUAGCAAUUAUAGUAAAGACUGGUUUUUCUCUCAGGUUACGAGGAAUGUGGGAGGAAAAUUCGUAGGAACAACAUGGCAGAUAUUUUUCAACGUUAAAAACGUCGAAAAAACGGGAAAUUAUACUCUCCAAUUGGCCCUUGCAUCGGCACACUUUGCCGAAUUACAAGUACGACGAGACCUUCCUUAAUUUGUUCCUCCUAUAUAUGUAGUAAUUGUACAGAAAAUUUAAAAGAUUAUAUGAAAUUUAUUAAACUCUAAAACA